AAAACGCUUCUCUUUCAUAUUGGUCGUGCACCAAAAGGCCAAAUAACUGAGUGGCUUAUGCACGAGUACUGCAUGAAAGGAGGAGUAUUUAUGGUACACUAUUCUGAGGAAGAUGCUUUGGUUGUUUGCCGGCUUAGGAGGAACAGAGAGUUUCGUACUUGUACAAGUCAGAAGGCACCACCAGAGCCAAAUUUAGCAGCCGAUAAGCACAUGAUCUUGCAAAAUGGUGCCGCUAGUUCAGGGAGCCCGUUUGAUUGGGACAGACAUGUUGAUUUUUACCUUGCAGGUGAAUCAGGGGACAACCAUCUCACUGAAACACCAGAAAAUCUACAGGUGGAAACUGGAGAGGAUUUCUAUGGAGAUAUCCUUAGGGACGAUAUCAUCAAUCUUGAUGAAGUGGUGAUGACAGGGAAGACACCAAACGAAGUGCCAACACUUGAAUCAGCAUCAAUGGCGAUAAGGAUACUUCCUUUACCAAACAUGAUAGACAGACAGAUGGCUUCAUUUUUAGAGGAAAGACCAUCACAGGAAAAGAAAGGGAAAGGGAUCAGUGGCACGGAACCACUGUCGAGCUGCUUCAUGGGUGUAUACUCGAUCAAAUGGGUCAACCGAGCAAGAUGGGACGUUAUUAUAGGUGUAGUUGGUCUCAUUGUAAUGCUGUUUUAUCAAGAGUAA